AGAGAUGUUCGGACUCGGUUACCUGGCUUUUUGCAAAGGUUUACAGGGUACCGCAACCCUUCCCUGAAGCCGCCUUAUGAGCCUCUCCCUUUCCCUCCUUUCUCGUGGCUCAAGCAUAUACCCCUCAAGUACGAAGUCUGGCUUCUCUCGACCAUCGGCGGGAUUAUAGCUAUCUUGCUCAUCGAGAUCGUCAUGUCGACGACCAUCUUUGUGGACUCCGGCACACCGCUGAUCAUCGCAUCAUUCGGUGCCGGAGCCGUCCUGUGCUUUGGGACUAUCGAAUCGCCUCUAGCUCAACCUCGGCACGUCUUUGGGGGACAGGUCAUCAGCGCCAUCGUCGGUGUCUGCGUGACCAAAUUGUUCCGGCUGUCUUCAGCUUACCGGCUCGAAGAUACGACCCAGGCAGGGGAACUGGGCCGUCCAGUAUGGGUCUCUGCGGCCAUCUCGUUCGGGUUGGCAUUCUUGGCUAUGCAAGUGACGGGGACCACCCAUCCACCAGGGGGAGCUACGGCGUUGAUAGCUUCUAUCCAACCUUCGGUGGUCUUGUUAUCCUGGCGAUACAUCUACAUCGUGGCCAUAACAUCCUUGAUUAUGAUCGGCUGGGCUCUCAUCAUCAAUAACGUCGGCCGAAGAAGAUAUCCACAUUAUUGGAUACACGGUACCAAAACCUUCGUCCAAACACCCGAGGAGAAGACCAAGUUAGAGUCGGAGGAUCAGGUGGAGAUGGAAGCAGAAGAGGGCCGUAGAGGA